AGUAUUUCAUAUGUGUUUUCGUAUUCGAGUUGUCGAUAAGUCAUUGAACAUAGAUGAUUAUAUCCAAACAUACAAAUCGUCUUAUUGGAUUGAUAAUAAUCAUUCGAUUUUAUGUUUUAAUCAACCGCUACGUAAUCAAUAUUAUUGUGUAUUUUCGUUACCCUAUAUGUUCGAUAGAUUUACUCAUGUUACAAAUGAAUUAGUUGAUUAUCGAUCAAAUAUUAAUAGUAAUAUUUUAUUAUACAGUAAACAAAACAGAGUGAAAGUAAUCACUUUAAAUAAUACAGUUCCAUAUACAUUAGAAUUAUUCCAGAUUUUUCAAAAAUCAUUUCCAGGAGCACAAGAACUAAUGUUUAUUGUAGCUCCUGUUCGUUGUUUAAGUGAUAAUUUAUUGAAUAAUGAAUUUUCGAUUAUGAAGAAAGAAGUUCAAAAAGCGAUCGUUGUUAUUAGUCGAGCGAUUUAUUUGUUUAAGGGACUUUAUCCUGGAGAAACAGGAUGUUUAAAACAAAUCUUAACUGGUGAAGGUAAAUCAAUAAUUGUCACAGCAUUAGCUUGUCAUCGAGUUGAUGUUAUUACAAGUUCAAAUGUUUUAGCUAUUCGAGAUUCGAAAGAAUUUCAAUCAUUUUUUCAAAUGUUUGAUUUAAACGUUUCAAAUAAUUGUGAUAUAUUUUAUGAACAAGAACCAAUUGAUAUUGUUUAUGGUGAAUGUUCAUGUUUUGAACGAGAUAUUUUAUUAACAGAAUUUAAUAAAAAUGAUCCCGAACAAAAUAUCAUUGGUCAACGAAUGUCAAACAAUAGUAUUUCAAGUGUUAUUAUCGAUGAAGUUGAUAGUAUGUUAUUAGAUAAUGCAAAUAUGGUUUUUUAUUUAUCACAUAAUAUCGAUACAUUAAAAUCUUUAGAAAGAAUAUUUAUUUCAAUUUGGCAAACAAUUAAUCAAACAGUGUUUGAUUCCAUAGAUAGUCAUAUGAUUGAUGAUGAUAUUAUUGAAUUAGUAUCGAAUAUCAUAUUCGAACAAAUUGAGAAUAAAAAUAUUGAAAUACUAGAAUAUGAAACAUAUAAGUCGGAUUAUAUUAAUAUGAAAUUAUUUGUCAAAAGACGAAUGUCGAUAUGGAUUCAAAGUGCAUUUCAUGUGAGAGAUAUGACUCUUAAUGAUACAUAUAUUGUAUCACAAGAUAAAUCAUCAUCAAAAUCUGAUGUUCAAAUAACUGUUAUGGAUAAAGAUACUGGCACAGAACAAACAUCAACCCGAUGGAGUAAUGGUGUACAUCAAUUUUUACAAUUGAAACAUAUGAGAAGAAUAACACCUGAAUCAUUAAAAGCUGUUUUUAUAUCAAAUAUGUCGUUUUUUAAACGAUAUAAAAAUCAUAUUAUUGGUUUAACGGAUUCAUUAGGUUCGUUCGAUGAACAAUUACUUUUAGAUAAAGUUUAUCAACUUCGAUUUUUUGAAUUACCAAGGUUUAAACAAGAAUUAUUUCGAGAAUUACAAGGUACUGUAACAAUAUCACAAGAUAAUUGGUUAGAAACGAUUCAGAAUGCAUUAGAUAGAGAAAUUAAAUUCGAAUUAGGAAGUAAAGAUCGACGACGAGCUCAUUUGGUCGAACAGCAAGAAAAGGAAAUUAUGUUAUAUAAAAAAAUAGAAAAACAAUUAUCCGAUGAUCCGAAUCUUGUCUACUAUAGUUAUCAAUACAUUCGAUUUCAAUUGAAUAGUUUAAAAAAUCGUUGGGCUUUUUGGUUAGAUUCAAUGAGUGAAUCGAUUAAUAUGAUUGACAAAAAGAAAAUUAUUGAAAAAUUCAAUGAAUUUCAAUUAACUAUUGAAAAUGAUCUUCAAGAGAAUCAUUUUCGAAAAUUAGUUCUUGAACCAAAUCAAACCCAUCAACUGACAGAUUUUGAAAAUUUUCGAAAAGAUAAUAUUGAUCAAAUAAUAAAUUUUAUCUGUAUUGAACAUUUUCUUGGUGCAGAUCGUAUCGAACAAAUAGCAAAUACAUUUGAAUUAAUACAUGCAGCUGCAAAUCCACUGACUACGAAAACACAGUAUGCAGAUACUUUAACUAUUUUUCUAGCAGAUGCACUUAUCGAUAUGAAACAAAUAAAUAUGGAUCCUAAGAAUGUUUACUCAGAAAAUGGGGAUGGCAGAAGUCUACAACAAAUGUAUCAUUUGUACGGGGAUAAAGUGAAAACAUAUGUUGAUAAAAAUGGUAAAAUUUAUGUACGAAGAACAAUAUCACGAGAGUAUUAUCGAAGUAUUCGAGGUGAUAAAGCAGCAGGUCCACAUGAACAACAAAAGAUAGAUACAAUAUUAGGAUGUGUUGUCACAAAAAAUGAAAGUAUCAAUAAUGAACAGAUACGUACUUUGAGUCGACCAAAUGGUUCAGCAAUUACAUUCCUUAUUAGAGAUAACGGUGAUGGCAUAAAACAUGCAGAAUUAUUAAUCGAUGGAGAAUCAAUUACUAUGAAUAACAAGAGUCAAAAUAAAAAUGAUUGUUAUUACAAUGUUGUACUAAUAGCAAAUGAAAUAUUUCAAGGUAAAUCAUUUGAAGACGCAAUGAAGAUUUUUGACAAUGAAAAUGUUGUUAAAAAUUUACGAGAAAAUGUUUCUUUAGCCAUAAAAAAUGAUGAAACAUUGUUGAAUGAAUUUCGAUGGACAAAUCGAACUGAUAUACAAGUUCAUUAUAACAGUUUAGUUGGUUUAUAUAAAGAUAACGAUGGAUUUAUCUGGAAUCCAAAUAAUCUUGUUCCUGGUCCUACUAAAGAUCGUGAUCUCGAUCCAAAAUCUAAAAUCGAUAAAGAGCUGUUGAAACAUUUAUCACCUGAAUACACUACGCUAGCUAGCGGACCAUCAAAUAUGUUUGAUAAAUUAACCCAACUACGUUCGAAAGAUAUCGGAAAAGCUACUUGGGAAAAACGUGCGAAUGGCAAGUUUUAUUUCAAACCAAAUUCGUCUGAUCCUUCAAAUGUUUAUGACUUUCCAUCUCACGACCAAUCAUCUAAAAGCUAA